ACUGCUUGUUGCAAGACGUCAAAAGCCAAAAAGUUUCACGGACAUUUCAUCAGCUGCUGUUUUAAAGUUGGAAUUAUGACGCUGACUACUGAUAAGGUGCAUGGUGGGAUGGACCUCAUUGACCUUCUGCUCAGGAACACAGAUGAAACCACUAGUUGCCACAGCAACCAACCGUGGACUAUCACCAUUCAUGAUACCUUGAGCCCUGAGCGGAGUGGUGCUGAUGACUUCCUGGACGCCCUGCUCGGUGGGAGCGACUCCUCCUCAGCCCCGGCGUCCCCCCUGUGGUCACCCUGCACCACUGACAGCGGCAUCCACGAGGACCCCCUGACAGAUCCCACAAAAAGCCCUCACCCACCCUCCUGCAAGCCUUUUCCAGCCUUUGACACACAGUCACUCCCUCAGCCUCCACCUCUGGAGCAACCACCUGGCAAGCUCGCAAAUGAAAUGACAUCUGAUGUUUCCAUUGAUCUCGGCCUGGAGUAUAGUGACCCCCAAGAGCAGUUGGGAAUUGCGCACUACCUCACUAUGAACCAAAGCUCCCCGCUGUCGUCCAGUCAGACUGUCACAGUGAAAGACCUGCUGCUGUCCAACCUGGGACAGAAAGCGCAGCGAGUCCCCCAGCAUUCCCUGCAGGAGCUUGUACUUGAUGAGGAUGAGAAGAAACUUCUGGCUAAAGAAGGUGUAAACUUGUCCACCAAACUUCCCCUAUCCAAGUCUGAAGAGAGGGUUCUGAAGAAGAUCCGGCGGAAAAUCCGCAACAAGCACUCGGCUCAAGAAAGUCGGAAAAAGAAGAGGGAAUAUGUUGAUAGUCUGGAGGGAAGGAUGUCUGCAUGUAGUGCUCACAACCUCCAGCUGCAGAGAAAGAUCCACCAAUUGGAGGAGACCAACAACACUCUGUUGGAGCAGCUGAGCCAGCUACAAGCUCUCCUUCCUAACAGCUACAGCAAAACAACACAAAGAGGGACCUGCAUCCUGGUUCUGCUCCUCUCCUUUUCUCUGCUCAUUUCCUCAUCUCUUCAGCCAGACCCUUACAGUCAACUCAGCCAGGGAGAGUACACAAAGACCAAAGUGCCGUCCCGCUCCCUGCAGUCAAUGGAUGAAGCGCAAGACGUCCCUCCUCCUCCUCUUCUUCCUGUCUUCUCUGUCUCCAGGGGCUUUGAGGCCCUGUGCAGCCUGACGGAGAAGCUCUGGGCCCAGACAGAUCUCCCCACUGCAGAUUUCCCACACUCCCACCACCAGGAUCCCAGGCACCGGGACGAUCACUGAUCUCCUCAUAGCCCCAGGAGCAAAGACACACCACAGAGUGCAGGCUUGCUUGCAAGUGCAGCAUCCAAAUGAGCACUUUGCUUUUUUCAGCGUCUGUUUCUCACUGCAGAGACCGAAUGAGGUGUUGAGGAGUGUAUCCGCUCCACCACACAAACAGCUAGUGAAAAGAUUUUUCUAACUGACAUUCACUCACUCAGACGGAGGUCGGUGAGGAGGUCAUCCACACAGACGUAAUUUUUCAUGCUGCUUUGGAAAAACUGAGCCUCAGGGACCUGGCAGAUCAUGUAUUGUAAUGUUGUACGCGGUAUGAUCUGUAAAACAGUACACAUGUAUAGUCACUGCUGUAUUUUAUUAUUUACUUUAAAUGUAUGUGUUGAAAAUCCUUAUCAAGAAUGAUUUAUGAUGCAUUUUGUAAAAGUUCAGAGUGAUGGUGACAAAGCACAACACAAUAAAAA